AUGAUAUAGACUGAUUCAGAUUCUAGCAGAAGAGUGGCUUACUUUUAUAAUCGAUUUAUCGGAAAAUUUCAAUAUGGCAAAGAGCAUCCAAUGAAGCCAAAGAGAAUCAUUAUGGCGCAUAAUCUGAUCGUCAAUUAUGGGUACCUAUUUCGAUAGAUGGAUGUUUAUUUAAUACGGGAAGCUUAACUAUAAGAAAUUGGAAAAUUUCAUGAUCCUGAUUAUAUCAUUUAUCUAAGCUAAUUCAUGAGUUAAAAUAAGAUAAAUUUUGUUAAAGAGUAUUGCUCAGCCAAUAAUGAAUCUGUAAUACCCGAAAAUCUAUUGGAAGAAUUCAAAUUGAUAAUUAAAUGGAGUCAAUAAUAAAAAGUAAAGACUGAAAAUUCUGAAUUCAAAGUAGGUGAUUCACCUGAUAAUCCAACCUUCUCUGGAUUGUUUUCUUAUUGUUAAUUAAGUUCAGGAGCCAGUAUAGAUUGUGCCCAUUCUAUUCUAACUGGCUAGGCUGACAUUGCAAUUAAUUGGUCUGGCGGAUUGCAUCAUGCCAAAAAGAAAGAAGCAAGUGGAUUUUGCUAUAUAAAUGACAUCGUCUUAUGCAUUUUAGAAUUGCUAAGAGUAUAUGUGAGAGUAUUAUACGUGGAUAUUGAUUGUCAUCACGGAGACGGAGUAGAAGAGGCAUUCUAUUUAACCAAUAGGGUGAUGACACUAUCAUUUCAUUAAUAUGGGGAUGAUUUCUAUCCAGGAACAGGGCAAUUAAAUUCUGUUGGAGUAGGAGUUGGUAGAUACUAUUCAGUCAAUGUGCCAAUGAAACCUGGAAUGUCCGAUCAACCAUAUAUAGAGAUGUUCAAAAAAAUUACAAGCAGAGUUAUGCAAGUUUAUAGACCAGAUUGUAUUGUUAUGUAAUGUGGGGCUGAUUCUUUAUCAUUAGAUAAGCUAGGAGGAUUCAAUUUAUCAAUUAAAGGUCAUGGUGCUUGUGUGGAAUACAUGAAAUCAUUUGGAAUUCCUAUGAUUCUACUUGGUGGUGGAGGAUACACAAUAUAAAAUGUUUCAAGAUGCUGGGCGUAUGAAACAGGAAUUGCUCUAGGUCAAUAAAUUGAUUAAGCAAUACCAUCAAAUGAUAUUUAUUAUGAUUAUUACUCGCCUGACUAUUUAUUGCAUUUUCCCAUAAAAUAGAAUGUGGAAAAUAGAAAUAAAUCUGAAGAUUUAAACAAAAUAGUGUCUACGGUCUAUGAGUAUUUGUCCCAUAUUGAGAAUGCUCCAGGAAUUCACUUUCACGAUGUUCCUUUUUCAUUUUAUCCUGAUAUGGAUGAUGAAAAUGAAGAUGAAAAUAAAGAGUGUACCUGA